GCAGUCAGCUGAAUGAAACUAUCCAGAGGCUCUUGACUUGUCACAUUUGUCUGGAUGUGUGUGACCCUGAUCCCGUCUGUGGUUUUGGUAGUCAGAGACCUGUAUUCAGAGACAGAAGGGCAGCUCCAACAGAUGUAGACACUGACAUAGCCUUCAUCAUGGAUAGCUCAGAGUCCACCACCCCUCUGCAGUUCAAUGAGAUGAAGAAGUACAUUUCCCACCUCGUAAGUAACCUGGAAAUCAGCUCUGAGCCAAAAGUAUCCCAGCACCAUGCAAGAGUGGCAGUUCUCCAGCAAGCUCCUUAUGAGUAUGAAACCAACUCAAGCUUCCCACCGGUAAAAACUGAGUUUUCACUAACUGAUUAUGGGUCCAAAGAGAAGAUCAUUAAUUACCUGCACAACCAAAUGGCCCAGCUCCAUGGCACCAGGGCUACAGGAAGUGCGAUUGAACACACAAUGGCUCAUGUUUUUGAAAGUGCACCAAACCCUCGGGAUAUAAAAGUCAUAGUUCUGAUGAUGACCGGAAAAGUGAAUAAACAAGAACUUGAGUACCUGCAGAAGGUUGUUACCAGUGCAAAAUGCAAAGGGUACUUCUUUGUUGUCUUGGGCAUUGGCAGGAAGGUGGAUGUCAAGAAUAUCUAUAGCCUAGCUAGUGAACCAAAUGAUGUGUUCUUCAAAUUGGUCGAUAAACCAGGGGAGCUUCAUGAAGAGCCCUUACUACGCUUUGGGAGACUGCUGCCGUCUUUUAUCAGAAGUGACUUUGCUUUCUACCUGUCUCCAGAGCUAAGGAAACAGUGCGAGUGGCUCCAGAAUGACCAGCAAGCCAAGAGCCAGAGCCUCGGGCACACUGGGCAGAAAGCAGUGUACGUGGCACCCAACGUGACCAUGAGCCGGACCCCCAAUGCCAGCAGCACCACGGUCAGUGUGAGCAUCAAGCCUGUUGCAAGCACCAACACCCGUGCCAGAACCACCACUGCCAGCACCACAGCUCAGAGCAGAGCCGCUGACCACACCACCGCCAGCACCGUGGUCCAGGCGAACGCCACCACCACCGCGGUCCAGGCAAGCACCACCGGCCAUGCCAAAGCCACCGGCCGCGCCACUGCCAACUCCACAGGCGCCGUGUCAGGAGGCAGGAGAAGACAAGCAAAGAGCCACGACAUCCAGAUCACAGAUGUCACUGAGCACAGUGCCAGGCUGCGCUGGGCCAGCCCUGAGCCACACAGUGCCCACACCUUCGAGAUCUCCAUCACCUCUGCGCAUGACCACUCGCUCGUGCAGAGCCAAAACCUGACAGGCACUGAGCAUAUCAUCCACGGGCUCAGGAGUGGGCAGAAAUACCUUGUCGUCAUUACCGGCUACCAGAAAUCCCAACCCAGAGUGUCCGUGGCCAACAUGAUGCUCAACACAGAGCCACUCGAAGGGCCUGAGAGUCAUUGGCCAGACCCUUGCUUGCUGGACUUUGACAUGGGCAUGCAGUGCAAGGACUAUCAGAUUGUGUGGUUCUUUGACUACAAACACAAGAUCUGCAGCCAGGGUUGGUAUGGUGGCUGUGGUGGUAAUGCAAAUAGAUUUGAGGCCGAAGCUGAGUGCAUUAGCAAAUGCUUAAAACCAUCAGCAGCUGAGAAAACCAUGCAGCAGCCACCUCUUGAGAAAAGAUUAUCAUCAGUCAUGGACAUCUGUCGGCUGCAGAAAGACGAGGGGACCUGCAGGAACUUUGUGCUCAAGUGGUACUAUGACCCUGCCACCAAGAGCUGUGCCCGCUUCUGGUACGGCGGCUGCGGCGGCAACGACAACAGGUUCAACACGCAGAAAGAAUGUGAAAAGUUCUGUGUCCCUGGUAACAGCCCCGGUGUGGUGACGACGAUAGGAACAUAGAGCCAGCGACCUGUCAACACAUACCUCUGAGACAGCCAGAAGCAUCGGCCGUUCCCACCCUACCCCUCUAGAAGCUAAGGGUAUAGACUACCUUGCACUGUGCUAUUUCAUGCUUUUACUUCCAAGCAAACCUUGAAGAAAGCGUUUUGCUUCAUGACCUAUCAAUAUGGUGCUAAACUGUUCGUGGACUGAGUGCUACGUGUGUCCAGGUUAUAUUGUAUAGCUUCAACAUUACCAAAUAUUUACCUAAUUGCAGAUGGUUCUUGUCUCUCAAUGUGUCUCUAAAUUCCCCUUUCUCCUCGAUCCGGCAGUCGGCCUCUCUCAGGCACCAUGAAAAUGAGACAAAAA